AUGCAGUCCAUGGGAACGAGACAACCACUUCUUGAGUUGCCGAUCAGAGUGCUGAGCCACAACAUACGGUAUGCCACAAGCCGACCGUUCAAAGGCGAGGAAGUGUGGUCUGUUCGGGCGCCGCGUUUGAUCGCUGAGCUGCGUUUCAACACCCUCUACAACAUGGAAUCGUUCAUCUGCUUACAGGAAGUGUUGCACAACCAGCUGACGGACAUUUUGUCGCACCUAAACAACGAUCCACGCGAUUCCUGGGACUAUUAUGGAGUGGGACGAGACAAUGGAAAAGAAGCCGGGGAGUACUCCCCGAUCAUGUACAGGCCAAAAGUCUGGAAACUGUUGAAGGGCAAAACGAUCUGGCUUAGCGAAACACCCGGCCAACCAUCCAAAGGCUGGGACGCAGCAUCCGUCCGAAUCCUCACAGUGACGCAGUUUGAACACAUUCAGUCUAAAACGCGCGUAGCUGUGCUGAAUACCCAUCUCGACGACCAGGGAACGCAAUCACGAUUGGAAAGCGCUAAGAUGAUUGCCGAGGAGGUCAAGACGCUCACUCCAUUGCCAGUGGUUCUGGCUGGCGACUUUAACAGCGAGCCGGGCCAGGAGGCACACUUGACCCUGUGUAGAGAGGACUCUCCUGUCUUCGACCUGCUUGACGAGACGAGCGCUAGCACUGUGUACGGACAUCAGAAUACGUACACCGGGUUCGGGUACGAGGGGGAGCCCAAGAAGCGAAUUGACUUCUUGUUUCUUAGCAAAGGUGGGAAGUGGGGAGUGAGAGGGUACUCUGUGCUGGAGAGUCGCUUCGAAGAUGGAGUCUACAAUAGCGACCACAGGGCUGUUGUUGGAGAUAUAGUGCUUAAACCCUCUUCUGCGGCUCCAUGA